UCCUGAAAUUAAGGUUACUUCGAUACUACUUCGCUUACCAUACUAUGUGUGAUUAAGAAACGAGGAAUAUUUAGUAAUUUGCAGCUUAAGGAAUUUUUUGGUAUAAUUUUAUUGACAAAAAUACGAAUGAAAGAGACAGCCGGGUUUUUUCACGAAUGAGUGAUCUAAGAACAUUUAAAAAGCGAAGUCGUAACAUAACCACGUGGUCGGUUUUGAGAGUGAGGUUGUAUUGACAGCCGGCGUGAUGGCAUCCGAGGAUGAAAACGAGGAGAAACCCAAGAAUUUCUACGAAUUUGAACUGGAUGACAGAAUAUUAAAGGGUAUCGCACAAUUAGGUUGGUUAGAGCCUACUCUGAUUCAAGAAAAAACAAUUCCCCUGUUACUCGAGGGAAAGGAUGUCUUAAUUCGAGCACGCACUGGAUCUGGCAAAACAGCUGCAUUUAUAAUACCUCUUAUACAGAAGAUUCUGAUGUCUAAAAUGACGCAAGCAAAGCAGGAAAUUAAAGGACUGGUCUUGGCACCUAGUAAAGAACUGUGCAGGCAGAUACAUGACGUUGUUGUCAGUCUAACGAUAAAGUGCCAUCGAGAAGUGAACUGUCUCGACGUCAGCCCACAGGUAGAAUUAAGUGCCCAAAAACCUCUUCUUGCCGAGAAACCUGACAUUGUUGUGUCGACACCUGGUAGAAUACUGCAACACUUGAAAGCGAACAAUCUGAACUUCAAACGCAGUCUUGACACAUUAAUUAUAGAUGAAGCAGACUUGAUCUUUUCAUUUGGGUACGAAGACGAGGUGAAGCAGCUCUUGUCCUUCUUACCGACAAUAUAUCAAGCAGUAUUAGCAUCUGCUACGCUUUCCGAAGAUGUUCUAACACUGAAGAAAUUGGUGUUACACAAUCCGGCUACUUUAAAACUGGAAGAACCACCCUUGGCACCUCCAUCCCAACUCUCGCAUUAUACUCUAGCAGCUGAAGAGAAUGAUAAAGCUGCAGUUUUAUAUGCCCUUUUAAAGCUUCACCUGAUCAGAGGGAAAAGCAUUAUAUUUGUAAAUACUGUAGAUCGCUGUUAUAAACUGAAACUCUUUCUGGAACAAUUUGGGAUUCCCACAUGUGUACUUAAUUCGGAAUUACCAGCAAGUUCUCGAUGCAGAGCUGUCACGCAGUUCAACAGUGGAACAUAUGAUAUUAUCAUUGCUUCAGAUGAAAAAUCCUUGGAAGAACCGUAUGCCGUAAAACAGAAAAAAGGGAAACGAAGGAAAGACAAAGAAUCUGGGGUUGCACGUGGCAUAGAUUUUCAAUUUGUGUCAAAUGUUAUUAAUUUUGAUUUUCCAUUAGACGUUAACUCAUAUAUACAUAGAGCGGGUCGAACUGCUAGAGGAAAAAAUCAAGGCACUUCGUUAAACUUUAUAUCGCUGCGGGAAAGAGCCUUGUUUCAAGAAGUAGAAAAUGAGUUGAAAAAAAGCUAUAGUCAUGAAAAAGUGUUCAAAACUUAUGAAUUCAAAUUAGAAGAAGUAGAAGGCUUUAGGUAUAGAUCACGAGACGCCUGGAAAGCUGUUACUAGAAUCGCAGUGCGAGAAGCCAGAUUAAAAGAGAUUAAACAAGAAGUUAUUAAUUGUGAAAAGUUGAAGAGCUAUUUCGAUGACAAUCCCAGAGACUUGCAGUCGUUAAGACAAGACAAGGCAUUACACACCGUUAAAUUACAACCACAUUUGAGAGACGUUCCAGAUUAUAUUGUGCCUCCCUCAUUAAAAAGGCUUAUCGGUUUUGGGAAAAGGAAACGAAAGUUUAACAGAGAAGCUGCAGCAUCUGGAGCUACAGCAGCUAAAUCAAAGUAUCAAGCAAGAGCAUCGAAUCCUUUAAUUAGCCUUAGUAUACCGAAAAAAUAAGUUUAUUUAUAAUUGACUUAGAGGUUAAAUGUUAAUGUACUGCAUUAAACAAGAAUAAAUUUGUACAACUGUAAUAGAUAAAGGAACAUAUCUGGA